GGCCGGGGAGGUGCGGGCGGCGGAUACUCCCCGAUGGCCCCGGCCCAAGGCUCCCGGGCGGUGCAGGCAGCUUUAGCGGCGGCGGCGAGAGCGGCGGCGGGGCCGGCGGCGCCGCGGAGGAGGCGGCGGCGGGGGGCAUGGACUCGAGCGCCAGGAACUCCUCGGGCGCCCCGAACAGCACCCUGAGCGAGUCCCAGGGCAGCGCCAUCCUCAUCUCAUUCAUCUACUCCGUGGUGUGCCUCGUGGGGCUGUGUGGCAACUCCAUGGUCAUCUACGUGAUCCUGCGCUAUGCCAAGAUGAAGACGGCCACCAACAUCUACAUCCUCAACUUGGCCAUUGCGGAUGAGCUGCUGAUGCUCAGCGUCCCCUUCCUGGUCACCUCCACCCUGCUGCACCACUGGCCUUUUGGCUCACUGCUCUGCCGCCUGGUGCUGAGCGUGGAUGCCAUCAACAUGUUCACCAGCAUCUACUGCCUGACGGUGCUCAGUGUGGACCGCUACAUCGCUGUGGUGCACCCCAUCAAGGCAGCUAGGUACCGCCGGCCCACUGUGGCCAAGAUGGUGAACCUUGGUGUCUGGGUGCUCUCCAUCCUCAUCAUCCUGCCCAUCAUCAUCUUCUCCAACACAGCAGCCAACAGCGAUGGCACAGUGGCUUGCAACAUGCUCAUGCCAGAGCCCACCCAGAGGUGGCUGGUGGUUUUUGUGGUCUACACCUUUCUCAUGGGCUUUCUGCUGCCUGUGGUGGCUAUCUGCCUCUGCUAUAUCCUCAUCAUUGCCAAGAUGCGCAUGGUGGCCUUGAAGGCCGGGUGGCAGCAGCGCAAGCGCUCAGAGCGUAAGAUCACUCUCAUGGUCAUGAUGGUGGUGAUGGUCUUUGUCAUCUGCUGGAUGCCCUUCUACAUUGUGCAGCUGGUCAAUGUCUUCGUAGAGCAGGAUGAUGCCACUAUCAGUCAGCUCUCCGUCAUCUUGGGCUAUGCUAACAGCUGUGCCAACCCCAUCCUCUAUGGCUUUCUCUCGGACAAUUUCAAGCGCUCCUUCCAACGGCUGCUCUGCCUCAGCUGGAUGGACAAUGCUGCAGAGGAGCCCAUCGACUACUAUGCCACUGCUCUCAAGAGCAGGGCAUAUAGCGUGGAGGACUUCCCCCCAGAAAACUUGGAGUCAGGGAGCAUGUACAGGAACGGCACUUGCACCUCCAGGAUUACGACCCUCUGAGGAAGCACCCCAGAUCCCCAUCUCCACCGCUGCCCCCCAGGAGGGGGGCACGUGAGGCGGGGACCAUGGCAUGGGGUGGCUG